AUGUCUUUCCAACUAUUCCCCCCGCCGCCAAAGAAACAAAGGCCUAUCAACCUUCAGCGUCCGGCACAACCUGCCAGUCCUGAACCAGCUGUUGAACUACUUGAACGUGCGAAGGUGCCGGUCGACUUCCACGAACUUGUCAUCAAAGUUAAUUCCAAUCCUGCAUCUCCCGUUGAGUCUCCACCUCAAGCUCAUGUCGCCUCUUCAAUUGCCGGCAAAUCUCAACCAAGAGUCCCCGUUUCCGGAUCCAGCAAGAGCACUUCGCUGGACAACACUUCUCCAGGCAAGGAUCCUUCCAUAUCCGAAGAUACAAUAUCACCUUUGUCCCAAGCGGAUCGCCAGUACACUGCCUCACCAUCCUUCUCAGAUGCGACGACCCUUGUCAGAAACCAAAGCACGGCCACCCACCGGACCAAGUUGAGCCAAACGAGCCCCAAGGAACCAGCUGUCAUGCGCUCGAUAUUUCCGCGCUACAAUCCAAGUCUUCCAUUAUCACAGCAACAGUACAAGCCAACACAGGCAUCCCCCACGGAUAUUCCAAAGGAAAAAAUCAGCCGCAAACCGUACUCGCCGACAUUCUAUGUACCCCACGCCGAUGUGCUUCGGAGUGGAUCUGCUGAGGAGCCAUACUAUACGCCAAAGAUAGAGCUCGGUGCUCUAUGGGAUGCGGCCAAUGGCAAAGCGAGACCAGAAGGCUGGCGUACUUACGCCUUGCAAAUGCACUGUCGCAAGGCCAGCCCUACCAACUCCCCCGUUGAUGGCGACAGUUUUACCUUUGGCUCUUCUCCUGUCCAACCUUUCUACAACCUGGAACAAGCCCUUAUCGACAAGGACACGAAUGCAUGCGAAGUCCUUAUAUCUCGCAACAACCCAAUGCAGCCAAAGAACGAUACCGACUCCCUCCCUAUCGCGCACCUCUCAGUCCAGACGCCCCCUCCUCACGGCCCUCCACCUCCACCGGAGGUCUUCUAUGAGCGCCCCGACCUCAUUCCUCAAGCCACGCACAUCACAACCAUUACCCCGAAACCUGCCAUACUAGCUGCUCUGGAGGAGGCUGCCCAGGGUCCUCGCGGUGCAGAGAUCGCUUCGAUCGACCCAAAAGCAGAAUCUCCCGCUGCAGCAGCACUAGCCGCUGAAGCAAUAGCGGCAUGCGAGGCACUGAACGGGUGCCAACUGUUGCACUGCCCGGUGUCAGAGCCGCUGAUGCCGCCGUACGAGGCGGACAAGACGGGCACAUACGAGCUUCGGCACCCCCGGCUCGGGGCGUUCCCGGUCGUCGUGCAAGGCGACGUGAAGAGAAGCCUCGAGGCGGCCCUUGAGACAGCCAGGAAGACGAAAAGCAACGGUAACAACAAGACCGGUACCGCAUCGGGCCAAAACAACAGCAACACCACCUCUUCCGUUGCCGUCCGCAGCACCAGUCCUGUCAGCCACAUCCCCACCACCAUAACCAUGCUCAACCCCUUCGCCGCGCCUCGCAGCUCCACUAUCACCACCGACUCAAAACAACAAAAGCACAACUCCUACUACUACAACAACAACUACACCACCGACCGCCCCGCCUCUCCUGCACCCGACGAGGUCCUCGCCCGCCUCUCCUUGCACACCGCCACCCUGACCGUCGACGCCGCCGCCAUCGCUGCCCUCGGCGCCGACAAGACUAGCCCUCAUGCCCACUCGCCCCACCCGCACAUGAUCGACGUCGCCGUCUCCGCCGUCAUGGCCGUGCUGGUCGCAGAGCGACGGCGCGAGCAUCCUCCUCAUGCCGCAACCCCUACCGGUGCUGCUGUUGCCGGUGGCGGUAGUCCGGGGCAAGUGCUCUACGGCGGCGGCACCUGGCCGAGCAACGGGUCAGCGACGUCGAUGCCAAUGGUCUUCGAUGGCCCGCCGACGGCGGCGGCGCGCCGGUGGCCGGGCAUGGAGACGGUCGGGCCAAAGGAGUUGGUAAUGGAGAAGGUGAAGCCGAUGAGUUGGGGAUGGUGGUUCGGGACGACUGAGGAGAAAGAGGCGAAGAAGGCGGCGAAGAAGGCUAAGAAGCGGAGCAAGGGGGUUGUGGAUAUCGAAAUGGGCCAGGGGCCGAACGUGCGGGGGGCGGAGGAGAGGGGGAUGGAAGCGCAGGGGAAGCAGAAGGCAAAGGGGGACGAUGAGGGAAUGCAUUGGUUGGUUGAGUUGAUAUUCUUGUUGCUUGUGUUUGCGUUCAAGGUGGUGUGGUUUGUGCUCAGCUUGCUGUUUAAGGUGUUGGGGAAGGCGGUCGGGGUGGUGAAUCGGUGUGCGGCGAAACAUUGA